GGAAAUUGUUGAGGAAAUUGGGAAUGGAACUUCAAUAUCCUGAAUGCUUAGAUUUAUUGGAGAUAUGCUCUGCGCUUCUGUGGUUUGCCGUUUCUGAUUCAAUUGAUGCUCAACCAUGGAUAAGGACACCGCAUGUAAUAUCCGUUGGCAAAUUCUCUGACAUGGAUAACUGGAUUGCACUGGCCAAUGGACUUGGGACUUGGGACGGCAAAGCCUGAUUCAAUUGGAAAGAUUAAUUUUCACAUACAUUAAUUUUGAGCAGUGCAGUAACAUCCUUAUUCGUUAGAGUGGAAAAGCCCUGGAUACCACCCUAAUCUUUCCUUCUGGAGGACAAUCUGAAGUCAAUCAAUUGUUUAUAUAUGUUGUGUUUUUGCAGCUAGACUGGAGACCUUUUGCUUUGGCUAAUGUGUUGUUCUGAAUCAAUUAUUCAGUUGAUGUGUUCAAACCAUGGUAAUGAUGAAUACACAAUCAGUGAGAUAAAUCCCAUGGAAUGAAAAUUCUGUAAUGGUCCCCAGGUUUGAUUCAUUCCUUAAUUUUCUCCGGUUUUUACAGUGUUUGACAGGUUCAUCUUUAUGCUUAAGCUUGUUUCUGUGUGGAUAUAUAUUGUGUGGUUGAAUUCAGCACAAUUAAAAACUGAGCUGACUUGAAUAUUCAUUACUUUUGGUUUCUUGACCAUAAUUGUGCCUGGUUGCUGGACCCAAGGUGAUGGAUUAUAAAGUCUCUAGAGACUAGAGGACUUGACUGGGAAUCAUGAAAUUGGUGAUGCAGCUAUAGAUGUUGCAAUGAGAUUAACCAAAUGAUGCUUAUCCUAAACAUGGUCUACUCACAGAUCAUGAUGCUUUGCCUUCACGCUUUUCCUUUUCUGCUUCUUCUGCGAAGGAACUUCAGAGAGAAUAUCAUCGAUAUAAGCAUAUGAGUCCUAUGACUGGAGAAUAUAGGUUUGAUGGUUUU